CUGUCUAAACAAGCUCCUGGCGCCCAGCCGUGGCAUGACGCCAUGACUUUGGGUGGUCAGUCAGAGCUGGAUCAACAGCUGUCCCCGGUCCAUCGGAUCUCAGCGGCUAAAGGGGCUCAGCACGGCGCGGAAGAGCGACACGAAGCCCCCGGAGCCGAGAGCAGUGAUGGAGAAGCCGACAUGUCUAUGGAGGCGCAAAAUGACAACAGCAUAGUCACCCCAAACCCUACGCAAAAUAAGGUACGCCAGUGGAUAGCAGGCAGAACCACGGCAAGCUCUUCUCCAUCAACGUCUCCCGCGCCUUCUCCGUCUCCCGCCCCGUUGUCGUCAGGUGACUGGGCGCAGUCCCAGACAGACAGAGCCUCACCUGUCUGCGGCCCGCACGGCAAAAACAUGCCCCCCUCGUCUCAGGGUGGCUCCGGCGGCCAGUCUGAGCAAACACCCACGCAGCGAUCUCGCUCAGAAAAACACACAGACAUGGCAGAAUUAGCCAAGCACGAGGCAGAGAUUGAGCAUCGAACGCUUGCGCUGAAACGGGAGGGGUUCUGGUCUCUGAAACGCCUGUCUCGUGUGACGGAACCGGUCCGGCCCAAAGUUCACUGGGACUACCUGUGUGAGGAGAUGCAGUGGCUGUCGGCCGACUUCGCCCAGGAGAGGCGCUGGAAGCGGGGUGUGGCCAGAAAAGUGGUACGUAUGGUGAUGCGAUACCAUGAGGAGCUGAGGCAGAAGGAGGAGAGAGCUAAGAGGGAGGAGCAGGCCAAACUCAGGAGAGUGGCCUCCUCCAUCGCCAAGGAAGUCCGUGCCUUCUGGAGCAACGUGGAAAAGGUGGUCCAGUAUAAACAACAGUCUCGAUUAGAGGAAAAGCGUAAGAAGGCUUUGGACCUGCAGCUAGAUUUCAUCGUCGGUCAGACGGAGCGUUACUCAGACCUGCUCAGUCAGUCCCUACAAGCCGCUCCCGUGACAAACACUGAGGCCCCCACCCCUCCUCCCAAACACUCUCAGCUCAACGUCGUUGACGAGGAUGACAGAGAUUUCGUGCCUCAGUGUGAUGAGGAGGAUGAUGAAGAGACGAUUGAAGUUGAGGAACAGCAGGAAGGCAACGAUGCGGAGACUCAGCGGAGGGAAAUUGAAUUACUGAGACAGGAGGGCAUGCUCCCUUUGGACCAGCUACUUAGCACCCUCGCUCUCCCUCAGGAGUCGGCUUCAGAGGAAGAGCUGUCGGAUGAGUCUUCCUCCGUGGUCGAGGACGAGGAUGAAGAGUUCACAGCUAAUGAAGAUGAUGCGGAGGAUGAAGAGGAAACCAUCGAAGCCCAAGAGAUGAUUGAAGGAGAUGGGGAUCAUGCAGAAGAACUGGAUGACCUAGCCAAAGAAGGUGAGAUGAGUAUGGCGGAGCUCUUGGAGAAAUACAAAGGGGCGUACGCCUCAGACUUCGAGGAGCCGUCGGCGUCAGCUUCGUCCGCCAGCUCUGAGGAGUCCGAGGGCACCGAAGAAGAGGAAGAGGAGGAGACGGAGGGUGACGAUAGCGAGGAUGACAGCGGCACCUCUUCAGAUUCGGCUGCAGGUGAGGACAGUGAUGACGAGGUUGAGGAGGACGAAGAUGAAGAAGAAGGAAACAGUGAUGAUAAAGAGGAUGAUGAUGAUGAUGAGGAGGAGGAGGAUGAUGAUGGAGGAGAGGGGAUGGAGAUUCUCCUGAGGGAGGGAGACCACAGCCCUCCUCUCGCCACCUCCCCUCGGCCGAAGAAAGAGAUCAGCCACAUCGCCGCCACUGCCGAGAGCCUGCAGCCCAAAGGAUACACCUUAGCCACCACCAAGGUGAAGACGCCCAUCCCGUUCUUACUUCAUGGAACCUUGCGUGAGUAUCAGCACAUUGGACUCGACUGGUUGGUCACAAUGUACGAGAAGAAACUGAACGGCAUCCUGGCCGAUGAGAUGGGCCUCGGCAAAACCAUCCAGACCAUCGCCCUGCUGGCUCAUCUUGCCUGUGAAAAAGGAAACUGGGGGCCCCAUUUGAUCAUCGUACCCACCAGUGUGAUGCUGAACUGGGAGAUGGAGUUGAAACGGUGGUGUCCUGGCUUUAAAAUACUCACCUAUUACGGCAGCCAGAAGGAACGAAAGCUCAAGAGACAGGGCUGGACUAAACCCAAUGCCUUCCAUGUAUGCAUCACUUCAUACAAGCUGGUGCUUCAGGACCAUCAGGCCUUUAGACGUAAGUCCUGGAGGUAUCUCAUUCUGGACGAGGCUCAGAACAUCAAAAACUUCAAAUCCCAACGGUGGCAGAGCCUUCUCAACUUCAACAGUCAGAGGCGUUUGCUCCUCACCGGCACCCCUCUCCAGAACAGCCUGAUGGAGCUCUGGUCUCUCAUGCAUUUCCUCAUGCCUCACGUCUUCCAGUCACACCGUGAGUUUAAGGAGUGGUUCUCCAACCCCCUCACCGGCAUGAUCGAGGGCAGCCAAGAAUACAAUGAAGGCCUGGUCAAGAGGCUGCACAAGGUCCUGAGGCCCUUCCUGCUGAGACGCAUCAAAGCAGACGUCGAGAAACAGAUGCCCAAGAAGUACGAGCAUGUCAUCCGCUGUCGCUUGUCCAAGAGACAGCGCUUCCUGUACGACGACUUCAUGGCACAGGCUUCGACGCGGGAGACGCUAGCCAGCGGCCACUUCAUGUCAGUGAUCAACAUCCUGAUGCAGCUGCGUAAAGUGUGUAAUCACCCCAACCUGUUCGACCCGCGGCCCAUCCAGUCGCCCUUCAUCACCGAGCCCAUCGUCUACUCCACGGCCUCCCUCGUUCAGCAGGCCUUGGAGACGUCACCCUUCAAGUGUUGUGAUCUGUCCAUGUUUGAUCUGAUUGGUCUGGAGGGGAGGGUGUCCAGAUACCAGGCAGAUGUGUUUGUCCCCCGCAGGAAAGUCACUCAUCAGCUGAUUCAGGAGAUUAUGGACUCCCCUCAACCUCCCCCCAGGCCCAAACCCGUUCGCAUGAAAGUCAACAGGAUGCUUCAGCCGUUGCCCAAGGCUGACGGUCGUACGGUGGUGGUAGUGAACAACCCUCGGCCCACGUGCCCAGUUCCCCCUGCUGCUCAACCCCCACGACUUCCCCUCAUAACGGAGAUCAAUCCUGCCCCGUCUUCAGCACUGCCAGCGCCACAAGUGUGCACCGUUGGUCCUACCGCCGCUCCACGGGCUCCCGUGUGUCCAAACCCCCCUGCUGUGGCUGUCGGGACGGGGGUGGCAGUCAGGCCGGGCGUCGCUCACCCAGUCAUGACGGUGCGGCCCCCGACUGCCGCUGGCACGCCGACGGUGUCCGCUGCUCCUCCGCCCACCAGUAACGUGACGACACAGAGAGUCUUGCUGAGCCCAGACAUGCAGGCCAGGCUACCAUCCGGAGAGGUGGUGAGCAUCGCCCAGUUGGCCUCACUGGCCGGACGGCCGGUGUCAUCUUGUCAGGGUAGCAAACCAGUCACCUUCCAGCUGCAGGGCAACAAGCUCACACUGUCAGGGACCCAGCUGCACCAGGUCCCUGUCCAACAGCCACGGCCCAUCCAAGGAAAUGUUAUGCAUCUGGUAUCCAGUAGUGGGCAGCAUCACCUUAUUAGUCAGCCAGCACAGGUGGCGCUCUUCCAGGCAGUCAGUCAGUCAGGCACAGGCUCAAUAAAUACUCACCCAGUCAGCUCAGCCCCAGGCCCGUCUGGACUGGCAGUGCCACUCUGCACCGCUCAAGUGUCCUCCACCGUGGUGAACAGUCCGGGGAUUGUUAAGAUAGUCGUGCGACAGUCAGCUGGAAAAGAGGGAGGGGUCGUUCCUACCUUGGCUGUGCCCCCCUCCCCUCGUGCUGCUCCUCCGCAGGCUGUCUCUCUACACCCCCACGGCACGCCGGGUCCUGUCCUCAGACUGCCAGCCCCCCCUCAGCAGCCUCCACAUCGCCCCCCCGUGUACGCCGCUCCACCUCGAAUCCCUACCUCAGCCUCGGUCCAGCCCCAGCCUCCGCGCCCUGUGCUCAGGGUGGUGCAAGGACCAGCAGCAAAUACAGAGCAAGCACGGGUGAAUGCUCCGUCAGGGCGCGAGGACAGCAGUGACGUCAUCGCGGUCCGCAUGAGCACUCCUAAGGCAGCGUCGGCGUCACAGGGCGGCGGAUUCGCCUUUCAGCGUCCCCGGUUUCAACCUCCCCCUCCUCCGAGAUCCCCCUUUUACAUGGCCUCGUUAGCGGAGAGCCAGAAAGCCCAGCGCGACGACCGGCUCUCUCACAUCAUCCGAGUGAACGAGCAGCACUGCAACACCAGGCCUGUUUACGGCUGCGAAGUCCUGGACUUUCUCACCUUCCUCCCCGGCUCCCGCCCGGCCCCGGCCCGCCCCGUCCUGGGCGACUGGGGCCACUCCGGAUACGCUUCCUGCCUCACAGCCCAGUCACGGAACAAGGACGACUACUGGAACCAGAGCGAAGCUCUUAAGGCAGCGAUUCACUCCUCAGAGGAGAGACUGCAGCUGCUGUCAGAAAUUAUAGACAGGUUCACAUUCGUCAUCCCUCCCGUGGAGGCUAAACCUAUCACCAUCCACAGCUGCCACCCUCCUCCCUCUCUCAGCCACCAGCAGGCAGUAUUCUCUUCCAUGCUGUCCUCCAAAGUCACGCCUCUGACUCACUGUCUCCACCGUAUCCAGUGUAACACGAGGACGCAGUUCCCAGACCUCAGGCUUAUUCAGUACGACUGCGGUAAACUACAGACUCUUCAUAUCCUGCUGAGGAGGCUCAGGGCAGAAGGUCACAGAGUGCUCAUCUUCACUCAGAUGACGCGCAUGCUGGAUAUACUGGAGCAGUUCCUCAACUACCACGGACACAUCUACCUACGGCUGGACGGCAGCACGCGCGUGGAGCAGAGACAGGCCCUGAUGGAGCGUUUCAACGCAGACCGCCGCAUCUUCUGUUUCAUCCUGUCGACCCGUAGCGGCGGCGUGGGGGUUAACUUGACCGGGGCAGACACGGUCGUUUUCUACGACAGUGACUGGAACCCAACCAUGGAUGCGCAGGCUCAGGAUCGCUGCCACCGUAUUGGUCAGACCAGAGAUGUCCACAUCUACAGGCUGAUCAGCGAACGCACAGUAGAGGAAAACAUCCUGAAGAAAGCGAACCAGAAGAGGAUGCUGGGAGAUAUGGCUAUCGAAGGAGGAAACUUCACCACCGCCUUCUUUAAACAGCAAACAAUCCGUGAGCUGUUUGAUGUCUCUGAGGGAGAGAAGAAGGAGGCCGAGGUGAACAUGCCUUCGUCAGAGGAAGAAGAGGCUAUUAACAAACAAAAAACCACCAUACUAGAACAGGCCUUGUGUCGUGCAGAGGAUGAAGAAGACAUAGUGGCUGCCUCCCAAGCCAAGGCUGAACAAGUGGCUGAACUUGCAGAGUUCAACGAAAGCAUCCCAUUGGACGAUGGUGGGGAGGGGAUUGGCCGAGAUCAGGAAGAAGAAGAACUUUCCAAGGCCGAGCAGGAAAUUGCUGCUCUUGUAGAACAGCUUACCCCAAUUGAGCGAUAUGCCAUGAAUUUCUUGGAGGCAUCUCUCGAAGACAUUUGUAAAGAGGAGCUGAAACAAGCAGAGGAGCAGGUAGAAGCUGCCAGGAAGGGCCUGGAUCAGGCAAAGGAGGAGGGCUUAAAAUUGCAUCAGUCGUCAGACAGCGACGAGGACGACUUAUUGCAUCUCACUGCUGAAGAACCUACUCAACCCACGCCUGCUCGUCGCACACGUAAACACAAAGAGAAGGGCGCACCAUCCACGAGGGUCAGCGGGAGGCUCAGAGGGACCCCAGCGAGGACGGACGACGACACCUCUCCUGUUCGUCCAUCGCCUGAGCAGGAGAGAGGAAGAAGGUUGGGGUCGCAGAAUUCCGAACCCAACGCAAGCCGCGCGACUCCAGCAGCUAGUUCCACACUGAAGUCGCCCCCUCCUCGAGAAACGCCCGACAGGCUACGGAGUGGUCUACGCGGGAAAGGGACAACCAAAGAACCCACGGCGUCCGCCGCCCCGUCCCGAACGGAACAGAACCAGACGUCACCCCGUGUCUCCGAUUCGUCGAGACCUUCGUCCCCUCCCAAGGACUUUGGUGGGAAAUCCCACCAGCCUAACUCUCCCUCCGGCUCUGAGCUUUCGGCUGCUACGUCUCGUGCAGCAGAAAGAGCACACGGUGGACAUGCUGCCUCUCCCGCAACUUCAGUCAUUGCUCACAGAGACAGUGGUGAGGAGCUAAAGAAAGAGGCAAAAUCAGAUACUCCUCAGCAAGUCAGGAGAGAGAGGAGAGGGUCCAUGUCUUCGGACUCCAUAUGCUCCCCUGAACAUCAGCCAGACCAUGAUGGCAGGGAGCAAGAACAGGACCUUCAGCAUUCUCAACCUCUCUCUCCGACCCUGUCAUCUGCUCUCUCUCGCUCGCCGCGUAAGCGCCAAUCUGCCGACGGAGAGGUUCUCCGGGGCCUUCCGGAAGAUUCCCCCUCCGCCAAAGUCCUCCGUAAGCUUCCCGGCCGCCUGGUCACAGUGGUGGAAGAGAAGGAGCCAAGGCGGAGGAGGAGAGGAGGCAGCGGAAGUGGAGGAGUGCACACCGAAGGGUCCUCUGAGGAGACCGAACAUCCGGACUGUGCUCCUGACGUAGCACCUGUCUCUCCAGACAGAAGUCAGACUUCAAAAGAGAAAGGAGUCUCAUCUAAAUCAAGCCCGCCAUCCUCAAAUGUCCCUCAGACACAACAGGUGCAGGACCAAGCCUCACCGACGUUGCCUUCAAGUCCUGGGAGGGGAUACCACCCUUGUUCUCCCACUCAUUCACCAGAUAUGCCCGUCCUUCGGAACCUACCGGUACGCAGACGACUGGAAACCGAGUCUCGCAUGGCGGCGCAGUUAGGUGAGCAGUACCUGGGUAGAGGUAGAGGGGUGGACCGGCGAAGGAGCCUGUCUCCGAACUUCCCUAACAAACAAGAUCCCGGUGCAGCCAAGGAUGGCAGCAGCCUUUCCCCUCCGGCUCCUGCUGAUGUCAACGUGACCACUGCGCCGGUCAAACGCAAGAGAGGUAGACCCCCUAAGACUCCGCCAAGGGCACCGGAGCCUCCUGUACAACAGCAAGCCUCUCCCCCACGGACGUCUGCGAGCGAAGAGCAGAGCCCACCCCUCUCGCCCAAACGAAGACGAGGUCGUCCCCGCAAAGAAUCUGCUACGACCCCUGCGGGAACUGUUAGAGACGGACAACAACCGAAACAAAGUACAACCUCAUCCUUGUCCAGUCUGCAACAGGCUGGUCCUACCUCUCCCAGGUCCAACCCUCCUAGCUCCAGCGCAGGGCCUGAGACCCGGUCUCUUGUCCCCGAGCCCCGCUCAGAGAGGCUUACGGCAACAGACCCGAUCCAAACCCCGACGGCUGCACCUGUCAAAGCUGCUGACUCCACCCAACUACCUGUUGCAGACUCUCAGACCAACCUAACCACUACACCGUCAGCGCCAUCUUGCCCCAAACCCAGUCAUUCUGAGGUCCAAUCAACUCUUUUGACUGUCACACAACCAUUGUCCAGUGAUGUUCAGAGUAACCUAAACCCUACACUUCCCUCACAAUUGGCUUCUCCCACUGACCCUCAGAUCAACGCCACCAUUACAGCAGCACCACAGACCACCUCUACGCCAAAUGCCAUUCAGACCAAUGUAACCUCCACACUUGCACUACAACUGCCCGCCAACCUCAGUGAGCACAUUACAAACGUGAACCCUAUGCCUGCUUCAACGCCAACACUGAGAUCACCACCUGCUGUCUCACAAACCAACCCAGCGACUUCAUCUUUCUCACAAGUUGUAACCAUAAGCAGUACAGCAACGACAGCUUCCCCUCAGAUCACGCCCACAUGUGACCAAACGAGUUUGAAUCCACAAAUUCCACAAUCCUCAACCGAACUGACACAAAACCCAGAGUCUACACAACCGUCAUUAAAUCCCAGCACAACAACUACAGCUUCAAAGCUACCAUCACCAAGCCAGACAUCUACACAACCUUCAGUACCAACUACUGGCUCUGCGGAGGCCUCACCUACCCCCAUCCAAAAGUCUACCGAACCCUCUGUUACACCCAGUCCAACAACCAUAGCGUCCCCACAGUCUUCAAAGGCUACAGUAUCCCUACAGUCCCUGCCAACACAUAACAAAACUACGGUCUUUACCUCCAAACACCCGCCUGCAUCCAGCCCUGCGACAAGUGUGCCCCGACAAUCCUCACCCGCUCUUGAUGACGCAGUCACUCAGGCAAAGAACCCAGAGGGUCAGACCAACUCGGAAGUGAAAAUCGAGGUUGAGACGACACAGGAAAAAAUGGAGGUCGAGGAAUCGGAAAAGGAUGGGCGGACGGUCGAAGAAGGGGAGGGAGACGGAAGCGAAUCUCGGCCCAAAAGAAGGAAAGUGGAGAAUGUGCCGGUCACGGAGACCGACGCCCGCGUGUCCUCCGGGGGCGACGGCGGAACCGUGUCGGCCGGAGACGGGGCCAGGGAAAGAGACGAAAGCGAGAACAGAACUUCCGCCAAGAAAAGACCCAUCAGCAGGCAGAGCAGUCAAGAGUCUGCCCGUUCCUCCUCUCCUUCUUCUGUGUCGUCGUCGGGAACUCGUUCUUCCCUGUCAAAGAAGACUGGGAAGAGCAGAAUGCCUGCCAAGAGGAAACGCGUGGAGGAUACCACAGAAGGAGACGCAGUGGAGGGUACCACAGAAGGAGACGCAGUGGAGGGUACCACAGAAGGAGACGCAACAGGUGAUGCUGGAGACGAGCCUGCGGCACGUUCCCAAAGAGGGCGGUCUCGCUCUUCCUCUUCCUCCUCUUCUUCGGGAGACUCGGAGGAAAGGAACGAGAAACGGCUUACGCGCUCAGCACAAAGGAUAUUGGAAAAGGAGGCAAAAAAUGUCAAAGGGGAUAAUGUAAUUAAACAGAGGAGAAGCUCUGGAAAGAAAUCCAGCACUGAAACGUCUGUGAGGGUCACCCGCAAAUCCUCAGGUCCUCAGUCUGUCUCACAGUCCAGCACCUCAACUCCUGUAACACCUGCCCUCUCCCCGGAACCUGAAGUCCUAGGCAAACGCUGCUCCGCUCUCAAUGCUGCUGCCAAGCUCUUAGCGAUGAGAGGAAGGGGACCUGAUACCCCCAGCCCAGGCCCCAGAGGGAAGGCCAGCGCCGGCGUGCAACACGCUGGGUCUCCUUUGUCGUCUGAAAAGAACGCCAGACCCAAAAGCCGAGGUUCGCAGGAUUCCCCGCUGACAAAUUCUUGCAACAGUAAGGGAGGGAGCAGCGGCAGACAGACACCCACCCAACCCCCCCACCAAACCUCUGACUCCAGCCACACGGCCGCCCGUUCCACCAGGCAGCGGCCCGGGAGCUUGUUGCCCCCGCUCAAAACCGACAACAAAAGGGCCAAGAGAGAGGACAAGAGAAAGACUUCGGAACAGAGGGAGGAAGGCGAGGACGAGAACAGGGAGGCCGCCAGGUCGCCGAGAGGCCACAGCGCCUGCAGCAGCGUGAGCAGCGACAGGGGCGCGGGGAGCAGCAGGAGCAGAAGCAGCAGUAACAGCAGCCAGCGUACUCACAGCCUGAGCUCCCAGAGCACGGGCCCCCCGCGUUCCCGCUCUCGAGCCCCUUCCUCCGGCAGCGAGACGGAAAGAGGCAAGAGGAAACGGGGAGAAGGCCGUGGGCGGGAGAGCAGGAGAGAGAGGAGGUCGCAGAAGAAAGACAGACCGGAACUGAGCGCUGGGUCCAGCGAAGGAACCCCUGACAGGGUGCUACGCAGUGUGGCUGCUCUGGCGGCAGCACAGGCUCGAACCCCUGCCAGUAACACUCGCUCUUCCUCCACCCAGCAAAGGCACAGCAAGACAUGAUUGGCAGGGCAAA